CCAUAAAAUUUACUUGCAGUGGCCCAAUGAUACACAAGGGUGGGGAACAGAAUCUGGCUUGGUGCAGAAGAACGCCCCGUGUCAUUCACCCCGUUCUCGUCAGAACACUCCAAGCUCGCGUCUUCAACUUAUUCGGCUGUCAACAAACUUUUUCCUUCACAUAGACUUGUGCCAUUCUUCAACUCGUUUUUGGAUCUGUGAGCGUCACCGGAUAUAUGUUCCAACUCCGCGGAUAGUGUACAGAAUCCAGUCGUCGCGAUCGGAAGUUUUGCUGGCGAAGAACGGACAUGAUGUGGGAACCCGUGCAUCAUGGAUCCUGGAUGUCUCCACAGGGAAGGCUAUUGGCUCUCUUAUCAAAGGAGCCCCUGUACAAGACCAACGACUUCAUGGUCGUCCCGCCCGGCAGACUCCAACGAUGCUCAAGAGAUGGUACCCUGGUUUGUGAAGGUCAUCACCACCUACUCGGACAAACAGCACCUGAAACUCCAAUGGCACGUGCCGAACAACGACGGGGUGUAUGUGAAGGAGUCGAGUGAGAACAAGCCUCUCAAAGAAUACACUGUCAAGUAUGGGGAGAUCGUUGCUGUACAUCUGUCACAAAAUAAGACACAUACUCCACUGGCCGGCUGACUUCCCUUGUGUCCUAUAGACUCUAUUUGUCCAAUUUCUACAAUUAGACCACCGAUCCGCGGAUCCUGGUAGAGGCUAGUGGCAGAGAUAGAGAGGGCCUAGAACGCUUGAUUGAAUUGAUUAGAUGAUGCAUUACUUAUUCUACUACGAAACGUCUUGCCUGGAUUGGUGAUUGGAGCAUAAAAUAAUUCGGUUGCCUGACGACUGAAACAAGACUAAUGGUGUGUGGUCAUAAUGAUAUUCCUAUGUCUCUUUUAAUGUACACCUGUGUUAGAAAAAUGUGGGUAAGACAAUUAGGAAAGAAAGACUUACAUGUUUUCUCCAGUUGUCAGGAGGAAGGAUUUCUAAAGUUAUAUUUGCAUUUCUAUUUGGAUUUCUUAAUCUCCCUGCGUGAAAUAUAACUUUCUACAUACACCCAAUACGCGUGUCCAGUGUCCAAGAAAGUACAACAGUGACUUCUUCAGUGUAGUGUACCGCUUUCCAUGAUGCUAUUAAUGCAGUGUAAUAGUACUAUUGUCAAUGUUGACAUUCAUUGUAGACUAUCAGAUGAAUACAAAACUAAAACUUU